CAGCAGAGGAAGUCUGCACACAUUGUGAAAGUAAAGAACACAUUCAGAGCAGCUUAACGGAGAGGCAGAGGGAGUUCUGAAAUGAGUCCAUACCUAAGCUUCCUGUUGUUGAGUUUGGUGCUACUAGACAGGGAAGUGGUUCUUUCCCAGGAGUGCACCAAAAUCAAUGUGAACACCUGUAAAGACUGCAUCACCUCUGGUGCAUUCUGUGCCUGGUGUAAACAAAAGAAUUUUACAAACAAAGGGGAGCAAGAUUCAGCUCGCUGUGACACCAAGGAAGAACUGGAAAAAAGAGGAUGCACAGAGACCAACAUUAUCAAUCCUUCCAGUAUUUUUAUUCCAACUGUGGAUAUCCCCCUUAGAAGCGGCAAUCAACCAAUUCAGUUAGCACCGCAGCAAAUACAUCUGGAGCUUAGGCCAGGCAAGCCCACGACUUUCCCUGUGAGGUUCAAGCGUGCUGACGGAUACCCAGUGGACCUCUACUACCUGAUGGACCUCUCCUACUCCAUGAACGAUGAUCUGAAAAAAGUGAAAGACCUGGGGACAGAUAUACUAAAGGCUCUUAAACAGAUCACCCCUUAUGCACGAAUAGGGUUUGGCUCUUUCGUGGACAAAACGGUUUUGCCGUACACAGACUCCCGCCCAGAGAAGCUGAAGAAGCCGUGUCCAGAUGCUGAACAGUAUUGCCAGGCAGCAUUUGGUUACCAUCAUGUACUGAGCCUGACGGAUGACGGGUCCAGAUUUCAGCAGGAGGUCUCGGCUCAGUUCAUCUCAGGAAACUUGGACUCACCUGAGGGAGGCCUGGAUGCCAUGAUGCAGGCUGCAGUCUGUGGGGACAAGAUUGGCUGGGGCAAUUGCACUCGUCUGCUGGUCUACACAUCUGAUGACGGGUUUCAUUUUGCAGGAGAUGGCAAACUUGGUUCUAUUCUGACUCCCAAUGAUGGCAAGUGCCACUUGGAGGGAAAUCGGUACACCAAAAGCAAUGAACUGGAUUAUCCAUCUGUGGGUGAGUUGGCACGGAAGCUGGAUGAAAACAACAUCCAGACAAUCUUUGCCGUUACCACGAACAUGCAAUCUGUUUACAAGGAACUGAGUGACAUGAUACCCAAGUCUACUGUAGGUGAGCUCUCAACAGACUCCAGUAACAUAGUGACUCUCAUCAAGGAUGCCUAUAGUAACCUGUCCUCGACGGUGAUUAUUGAACACAAUCGUCUCCCAGACGGGGUAUCCAUCUUAUAUAAAUCAAACUGUGCUGAUGAGACAAGGAAGAAUGAACCCAGGGGAUCAUGCAGCAAUGUGAAAAUCAACAAUGAGAUUUCUUUUGAUGUAACUGUAACUGCAGAAAGGUGCAUGAAGCCUCAGUCCUUUGAAAUCAGACCCCUGGGGUUGACAGAAAAGCUGACUGUGAAAAUAAUAACACCUUGCCAGUGUGAAUGUGAUGACCAGAGAGAUGCUGCUGACUGCAACAGCAAGGGACAUAUUGAGUGUGGAAUCUGCAGCUGUGACUCGGGUCACGUUGGGCAGAACUGUGAGUGUCGUGUCGGGGAUGAGACCGAAAAGGAACUGAACCAGGGCUGCAGAAGAGACCAUGGCACCAGCAUCUGUUCAAACCUCGGAGACUGUGUGUGCGGUGUGUGCCAGUGUUACGCCAGCGAAACCCCUGGAAAACAGAUUUAUGGGACAUUCUGUGAAUGUGACAACAUGAACUGUGAACUGAACAACGGCAAGCUCUGUGGAGGACAUGGGAAAUGUGACUGUGGGAAGUGUUUAUGUGAGGAAAACUACCAGGGCAGUGCAUGCCAGUGCUUGAAGUCAGAUGAGGUCUGUAAAAACGCCAAUGGCACUGUGUGCAGCGGGAGGGGCCACUGUGAGUGCAACGUGUGCAAGUGCAAGCCUGGCUAUCAGCCGCCUUUCUGUGGAGAGUGCCCAGCCUGCCCGUCACCUUGUCCAAAAUAUGCGGCAUGUAUUGAGUGUCUGGGGUUUCAAAGGGGCCCAUACAGUAAAAAAUGCUCAAAAGCAUGCUCACAUAUCACACAUACAAAUGUGGACAAAGUGGUGAACAGAAAGGUCUGUAAAGAAAAGGACUCUGAGAACUGCUGGAUGAUCUUCAUAAUGGAGGAAUUGGAUGGAGAGAAUCAGUAUAAAGCUAUUAUAAGCAACGAACGAGAAUGCCCUGAGCCCCCCAACAUCGCUGCCAUUGUGGAAAAUACAGUCAGGGGUGUAGUGGUCUUUGGCGUGACCCUGCUGCUAAUCUGGAAAUUGGUCACCUUUCUGAAUGACUUCAAGGAGUAUCGCAAAUUUCAAAAAGAAAAGCAAAAGGUAAAUUGGAAUAUGCUGAUAAUCCGCUUUUUAAGGAGGCCACUACUACUACCAUGAACCCCAACUUCUCUGGAGACUAAAGCUAAAUGAUGUAUGACAGACAGUACCAACUGUAACUAUUUGUUCCUCUUUUUUGUUUGGUUAACAUAAGUGCUGUUAAAUUGCUUUGCCUGUGCAUGAAAAUAAUCUUUAAGAAGAUGCUUCUGAACCAGUUUUGCUAAUUAAACAAAUAAUCUGUAAUCACUGUAAGGGAGAAUAAAUGAUGCAAACAAUAAGUGCUCCAAAUACAAUGGACCUUAAUGUUUGGAGGAUGCCCAUGUUAAUAAAUGUGAUCAUACCAAG